AAACAAAUUAUUUUUCUCAACGGAAAAUGAAAACCAAUUUAAUUUGAUCUCACAGAGACAGAAAAGGUGAGAAAAGCGAGGAGGGGAAGGGAGAGACGGAGAGAAAGAGAACUGCCGAUUUUGGACCGUUUGAUUUAUUCGAUAAAGCGAGUAUUUCGGAGCAGUUUCCGGGAUAUUCUGCAGUUCGUUGCGAUCUCGCCGGACGGUGAACGGAAUUAGAUUGAUCUCUUUUAUUCCUUUUUUGUGUGUGCGAAUUUUUUUUUCUUGUUAGUGAAGAUGGUGAACUCUAUGGUGGAGAGAGCUACGAGCGACUUGCUGGUCGGGCCUGAUUGGGCUAGGAAUAUCGAGAUCUGCGACAUGCUUAAUCACGACCCUGGGCAAGUGAAAGAUGUUGUCAAAGGCAUAAAAAAGCGGCUCAGAAGUAAAAAUCCUAAAGUUCAACUUCUUGCACUAACUCUAUUAGAGACUAUCAUAAAAAACUGUGGGGACAUUAUCCAUAUGCAUGUUGCAGAAAGAGGUGUUCUGCAUGAGAUGGUCAAAAUAGUGAAGAAAAGGCCUGAUUUUAAUGUCAAAGAGAAGAUAUUGACUCUGAUUGACACUUGGCAAGAAGCCUUUGGAGGUGCAAGGGCAAGAUAUCCACAAUAUUAUGGUGCAUACCAAGAGUUGUUGCAUAUUGGGGCAGUGUUCCCCUCAAGAACGGAGAGGUCUGCGCCUGUGUUUACUCCUCCUCAAACACAACCUUUGUCUUCUUAUCCCCAAAAUAUUCGCAAUUCUGAUCAGCAAGAGACAGCUGAGUCUUCUGCAGAGUCUGAGUUCCCAACCCUGAGUUUGACAGAAAUUCAGAACGCGCGGGGUAUUAUGGAUGUCCUUGCAGAAAUGCUAAAUGCAUUAGAUCCUGGAAAAAAGGAGGGACUUCGGCAGGAGGUGAUUGUUGACUUAGUGGAGCAGUGCCGUACCAACAAACAAAGAGUUGUACACCUUAUUAAUUCAACAUCGGAUGAGUCACUUCUACAUCAAGGUUUAUCAUUGAAUGAUGAUUUGCAGCGCGUACUAGCAAAGCAUGAAGCAAUAGCUUCAGGAACUUCUCAAGCAGACAAACCUAAGCUUGAACCUGCAAGAGAACUUGUGAAUGUCGAUGGUCCCCUAGUUGAUACUGGGGAUAGCAGCAAGCAAUCCGAGGGGAGAUCCAACUCAAGCACUGGUGCAAGUUCUCAACCAUUUAAUCAGUUAUUGCAUUCUGCUCCUCCUGCAACUAAUGGUUCAAAUCCUCCGGCAGCAGUCAAUCCCAAAAUGGACCUGCUUAGUGGUGAUGACUACAAUUCACCAAAGGCAGAUAAUUCACUGGCCCUUGUUCCUUUGGGAGAACCACAACUAACAACUCCUGCAUCGCAGCAGACUGCUCUUGUUCUCUUUGAUAUGUUCUCUGAUGAUAACUCCUCCAAUUCUGUUAACACCCAGUCUUUGGGUUUGGCUGGACAAACCAAUCCUUUGACUCCUCAACAGCAGCAGCAGAAUUUUCAUCCAAAUGGAACUGCACCAAACAUUGGAUCACCCCGAUAUGAGCAGUCAUAUGCUCAAGACACAGGUCCUGCCUGGAAUGGUCAGUUGGUUCAGCAGCAGCAGCCCCCCUCCCCUGUCUAUGGUGCCCAGAGCAGUGGCUCACUACCACCGCCUCCCUGGGAAGCACAGGCAGUGGACUCUAGCCCGGUUGCAGGUUCUCAAUAUCCCCAGUCAAUGGUUACUCAAGAAGUUGUAACAAAUGGCCAACCUCAAGGACCUCAACAUAUUGAAAGUGAUCAGGUGGGGGGUAUGUACAUUCAGCCAAUCACAACCGGUCAUUUGUCAGCAAUUAAUAACCAGGCUGUUCAGGGAAACCAGUUUGGUGGGUUUUAUCCCCAACCAUUCCAGGGAGCACAUUAUAUGGGCAUGCUUCCACAGCAAAUGCCAGGUGGGCAAAUGGCUUCCAUCUAUCCUCAACAAAUGUAUGGCAACCAAAUGGGAGCAUAUGGCUAUGGUCAGCAGCAGUUUCUUGAUCAGCAAAUGUAUGGGCUAUCCACCAGAGAUGAAAAUGGCUUGAGAAACUCUUCCAACCAGGUUUCCACUUCGUAUUACGUUCCACCGAGCAAGCCUUCAAAACCAGAGGAUAAGCUGUUUGGAGACCUUGUUGACAUGGCAAAAAUUAAAUCAACGAAAACCGCUCCUGGAAGAGCUGGUAGCAUGUGAACCUGGAAUUUGCUUCUUUUUUUUCUUUUUUCAUUUUUUAUUUUAUAUUUUUUGGUGGCUAACUUGUUUCCUUUUUCUCAUUUUCUUUCUUUCAUUUCCUUAAAUAUUUUUCAAAUUUCUAAUAUAUAGUAUAUUCUUCACCAGUCUCUUGACUCAUUUUGUGUUGCAUGUUUGGCAUUAGAAUCAUGUACGUUCCCUGUAGAGAAAAUGGAAAGAUCACCUCUUUGGGUUUGGUUGAUUUUUUUAUAUUUGGUUCUCUCUGUGAGUUGUGGAAAAUUUGUUUUUGUUGUUAUAUAAUGUAUAUGUUGAAUUUCUUUCCAAGUUUAAAGGCUGAGGCAUAAAUUUUCCGUAAGCAUUUUGAAUUGUAAGGCUGUUAUAAUAUUUUGCAUUUCCGGAUUUGCUAUUUGCUUUUAUUGAAUUAGAGGGUUGUGUAGAAUUUUUUUCGUCUUGUGCCACAUGUGUAGAGUUCUAUUUAAUGGCACAUUAGAACAGAUUAUGGAAUUUGUCUACGCUUUAGGACUAGGCAUUUUUGUAUUCUUGUGCACAGUUUGCCUUGGUGAAAACUCAUCUUUUGUUGUUAUACCAAGUACAUUAUGAGGAGCUGGAUGCCCCGACUCAAUCAUUCAACUUAGUUUUUUUGGUACAUAAGAGGCCAAAGUCUCUUUUUAAACUAAUUUUCCAUUGCCCUCUUUUUCAGAGUUAAAACUAUCAGAAACCCUCUUUCUUAGACACGUACGAAGGUUUUAAAAAAAGUAAUUUUCGAGGAAUUCGUGUUGGUGAGCUUUGGAAGUAUUGAAUGAACAUUCUUGUCUGUGGAAUCAUGCAGAAGCACAACAAACUCUCCCAUUUCUUCAUGUAAUUCGUUUGCAAGACAAAAGACAUGGAUUUCUAAUCUGAUAUUGGCUGGGCGUAACAACUGUUUGUUCUAAGAGAAAAAAAUGACUCAGUUGGAUAGGAUUGGGAAAGGGAUGGCAGAUUGCUUAAACCGAGCAAGUCAGCUAGAGCACUGAGGCACUCUUUCAUCAUUCACUUUUUCUCCCAGAGGAUUACUCUCAAAGAGUUAAAGAUGCACAUAGUCAAGUUUUAGUAGUUGAGAUUGUUGGAAUUACUUCAGUGUUACCGGUAACUGGAUAGCCGAACUACGGUCUACUUCUUUCAUUGGCGGGUAAGGAAGGAGUAAAUGUUUAGAAUCCUAAAUUUUAUAGAACAAUUGAGACCAUACAGAUGGUACGUACUGCCAUCCUCCUGAAAUUACAAACUUUUCAUGUAAGAAAGACAGAGCGAAGAUCGUUGAUACUACUAAAAAAGAAACGC